GUCAGUCAUCGUGUAUUAUUUUCAUUUAUUGUCGGCCUUCGUCGUUUCUAUAAAAUGUGUCGACUCCAGAAAAACAAGAAUUCAUAGUUAAAGAGCACAAUGAAUCGUUCACUCGCAUUAGCUUUGGUCGCCUUCGUGUGUUCCUUCACAAAUACCCAAGGCGCGUUUAAAGGAUGCAGUAUAACAAAUAUGACGGAAAUGUCAAAUGAUGAGGAAGGAUUGGGUUACGAGGCGAAAUGCUACAUCGCCUGCCUGUUCAAUUGCACAGGAUUUAUUACGGAAACCGGAGAGCUUGACAUGGAGGAAACUAUAGCACCCGCCUUUAUGUAUUUUGAAAGUUCAAAUGCAACUGCGAUGAACAAAACGCUGCACGAAUGUGUUUCACGAGUUGUCAGACGUGAAGUAGACCCUUGUGCGAUCGGCUACGAAACUUCGUUGUGCUGGCUGCAACCGAUGAACGCCUAUAUUAAAAUAUUGAUGGAUCAAAUGGACGCUGGUCCGCUUUUUGAACAGAUAAAAGGCAACAGAACAGGCAUUUAUUCGACGUUGAUGUUGAACCUCUAUUCAAAAAAUACUUGCGUCAAAGACUAAGGAGAUUAUGAAAAGUGUAAGUUGAAGUUUAAAUUGAGUGGUUUACAGAAUAAAAAUAAACAAAAAAUCUGGCUUAUAU